CUUACGGGUCUGACUGGACUUCGUUGGAGAGAGGCAGAGAUUCUUAAAGUAUAACAGAGGUCCGCUUAAACAACAGAGCGCGUUUGAUUUGGAUCGAACUCAGACACGAGUUUGUUGUUGUUUUCCACUUGGAAGUUUCCAUAGCGGGGCUCUGCUGCGCGAUGGGGAUCACUAAACUGGCCGACUUGAUCCGCCUAAAUGCUCCCGAUGCCAUUUCUCAUAAGGAUAUCAUUGACUACUCGGGAAAAGUAAUCGCACUGGACACCUCUGUUGUUAUGAACCAGUUCCGUGCGGCUACACCUUCACUCAGCCCCCUGACAGGCCUCUUCUUCCGCACACUCACCUUCCUGGAACAUGAUAUUAAGCCGGUCUUUGUGUUUGACGGGAAGCCUCCAAAGGAGAAGGCAGCUGUUCUGGAGAAGAGAGCUCACGCAGCUGGUUGGAGGUCAGCCAACCGCACCGGCGCAGCGUCAUCCCAGACCACCGAUUGUCUCCAGCUCCUGAAGCUUCUCGGUGUACCCGUCGUCCAGGCUCCAGGAGAUGCUGAGGCACUGUGCGCCUGGCUGGUAAAACAGGGCACUGCGGACGCUGUGGCAUCAGAGGACAUGGACACACUGCCUUUUGGAGGCAAUAUUCUGAUUCGCCAGCUAAAUGCCAAGAAGGACAGUGAGGUUGUUGAAUAUUCUUUAAACAAGCUGUUAGAGAAACUCCAAAUUAGUCACGAGGAGUUUGUUGACCUGUGCAUUUUGCUGGGCUGUGACUACUGUGACAAGAUCGCCGGUUUGGGUCCAAGGAGAGCUCUGACGUUGAUCCAGAAGCACCGUACUAUUGAGAAUGUGGUUUUGCAUGUCAACAGAAAGACUCAUCCCGUGCCACAAUUUUGGGGGUACAAAGAAGCACGGAAGAUAUUCUUGGAUGCACCACAGACCGAAGCUCCUGAACUCAGCUGGACUGAGCCCGACGAAGAAGCCUUAGUUGGCUUCCUCUGUCACGUCAAACGUGUCAAGGAGGACAGGGUCCGUAGUCGAAUGGAGAACUUCCGUCAGACGCGGGAACGUAAUCGAGAGGAGAGGGAAGAGGAGCGUGCAGAAGGACGCAGCAGGCAGACUCGCAUGGAGGACUUUUUUAGAGUUACUAGAAAAAGGGAGCAGCCCGUCAAAGCUGCAGACCCUUUAAGCAGCAACAGAAAGAGACCAAAGACCAAAUAGGAUACUAUUCCACCAUCCACGUUUGAAGAUUUUUAGAUUGAUUUCCAAACCGUAUGCCUGUCCAGACAUCUCAAAUAGAUGACCCUGUGAUGCAGCUCUCGGAUUUCUGCCAAGAGUUAUUUUUCUUUGCUUUACAUGUUGCUUAAUUCCUGUGCUGAUGAAAACUUCUUGUAUCUCCAACAUCCAUGUCAGUGACUAAAUUCCCAGUAUUUGGAUGUAAUCUUCUGUACAACAAAUAAUGAAAGAAGGACAAUAGUUUCAGAGGCUGCAGCUUUAAAUGUUGAAUUAUGGUUUUUGUAUUGGAAGAAAACUCCAAGUGCCUUCUUGUCAUCAAUUUAAAAGAAGAAAAAAAAAGUGUCUUGCAAGACACUGACUUCAAUUUUUUUUUUUUUUUACAUGAAGCAGGUGGGGGGGUCUGGUCCUGGCAGCAGUGUCUGCUUUAAUGAAGCAGUGUUUACUGAGCAAUUCUUCGGUGUAUCCAGCAGUUCCUUGCAAAGCUACCAAGACAGGCCGAGCGGGCGGUGGACGGCGAUGAAAGAGGACAGUGUAAUCACUGCAGCGGAGACCUUCCCCCGAGCCAAAACCGAAGACAGGGGACGUCUCUUCACCAGAUAUUCAAUGAGCACCUGUGGUGGAAAGUGUGCCAAGGCAGAGACCAAAGACUUGAAUUUUAAAAACAUGCACAAAAGUGGUAACAAGUCGAAAAAGAAAUGGCAAGAUGUUUAAAACCACGUGAAGAAGAGUUUGUAUUUUGGAAAUACCAGAAAACAAUGACCUAUGUUUCGCAAUUUAUUUAUUUUUUAUGUAAUGCUCUUGGCCAUUUUUAAUUAAAAAUACUGUUAAAGUGUA